AUGGCAUUCAAGGUUUUUACCACAGAGUCGAUCGGCGCCCAGAGAAACCACAUCGCUAUCUACAUCGAAACUGAGCCGGUCGAAGACAGGGGCUGGCUACACCACGUCACUGGAACCAUCCUAAAUGGCAUGGACUACACACCCAGGCAGACACCUAACCCGGAGGUGCUGCCAGAGCAUGUGCCUGACUCCAAGAGGCAAAUUGCGACCAUUGAGGAGCAAGACUUGGAUAGGUUCCGGGAGGAAUGCUGUCUAGCAGUUCUUCCCCCGCGGGCCCAGGUGACCCUCAAAGGAACCAGAUUGUACCCUGAGACCCCGCUGUAUCGCUGUGGGGAUUGGUUGAAGGAUGUUCAGGAGAUGGCUUUGAGAAAGGGGAUCUUCAAGCCUUUGCAAUAG